AUGGCAACCUCUGCUGUGACGAUGCCCAGGAUUCCUGAUAACCUGGAACAAUGUCAGCCAAAUCUCAUGCCUUUCCGGAUAGCCUACACUGGGCCUGCUGCGAUAUCGACAUUUAUGAAAAUACGACCGGUGGUGCAAGAGAAGGAGAAGACGACCCCGGUAAACAUCGACGACAAGAACAGUCCCUCUACGAAGCCCAAUGAGACGAUGGAGGGGGCAGAGAGCGCUCUGCACAAGGAGGCUGCAUCCAACGCCAACGCGGUGGACACGGUCGUGAACAACGAUGAUGUCGCUGUCCCCGCUGCCUCCUCUUCUACAAGUGAAGCUAGUCCAACCUCUGUGACGGAAGCGGAAGGAUCUAUCAGCCGGGAAACCAAACAGCCCACCCGCUUCAUUUCCGCGUUUAGAGGGAGAACGAUACAAGGGCUUGCGGUAGAGGUGCCCCAAGGAUACCGGGGUGUUGUCCUUAAAGUACCAGCUCAAGCAUCAUCAGUUGCUUCUACUUCGAAAUCUCCCGCAAACCCUCCCGACCCCGAGGUAUCAACCAAAAAGUCCACAUCAGCCAAGCCAAGGGGUCGCUUGACGAGAAGCGCGACAUCGAAACGGGUUAUUGACGUUGAUGAGCCCGUGGUAGAAACCAUUGACGAUUCAAUGGAUAUCGACGACCCAUCCCCGGCCCCAAACUCGGUUUCGACGCGAAAUCUUAUCCCGACCCAGCAGUUCUCUUCGUUUGUGGUCUGGAAACCGGAUAACCCUGUGGUGGAGAUUCAGGAUGAGUAUAUUCGUUCGCUACAGGAGUGGACGGCCAUUGCAUCGGAGCUUCACCAAUCUGAAUCGCAGGUAGCAGUAUGA